AUGAUGAAGAUUUCGAAGAUGAAUUUGAUGAAUAACUUCCACCCAAAAUGUUAAUAAUAAAGAACUAUAUUAAAUAUUAGAAAUACCUCCUUAAUCAGAUAUUCCUGCUGUUAAAUAUACUUAUAAAUAAAAAAUUAUCCAGAUAAACAAGGAGGAGAUUCAUCAAAUUUCUAAUUGAUUUAAAAGGCUAAGGAAGUUUUAUCAUAUCCUGAAAAAAAGAAAAUUUAUGACAAAUUUGGAAAAUAAAGGAUCACCUAAAUAAUUUAAUAUCAAGAAUCAAUAAUUAAAAAAUGUGAACCUUAUAAUCUAGGACAUAAAAUAGCCCUUAAAGAUGUAGCUUUAGGAGCUUAUCAUAAAAAUUCUUAAAUUUAAAUAGAUUUAUUGAAAUAAGUACUGUAAAAUUACAACAGACAAAGCAAUCAAAUCAAAUUAAGUAUUUAAAGAUGA